ACGAUAGAUGGAAAAAGAGAGAAGCCAUUUACUCUUCAUCCUCGUCGAGGCUGCAAUCUGAAAAGGAUCUCGACAGAUCGCUGUCCUCGUCCGAGGUGCUGCUUUCCACCAAAUUCAACCUGGCCUUUUUGGCUUUCUUUUUGCGUAGGGCCUUUUUCCUCUUACGCUCUCCUUCUCCUAGAAUUGAGGUCUCCAGAAGAAUCCGAUUCCCCCUGAGAGGAUUCAACACAGGGGGAACAUCUUCCUUGUCGGAACUUUCAUCAUCAGAGGCUGAAACAUUCGAUGUCCAGAAUAAUUCACAUAUUUUGAUUAUUCAUCAUGAUAAGUUUUCUGGAAAUUAUCCAUGUUAUUGGCCUAAUGGCAUUGCUUUUCUACCUACUCAAAAUAAGAACAGAAAUGGUUCUGGAUUGGAAACAUAUCUUGAAUUCAUUAUAAAUUUAUGCUGCCAGCUGAAGCAAGGAGCACCACCUGGAAUUUGGAUUGUUUCCAGUGGUUUUGUCCUUUCUGGGCGCAUGAACGAGCCGUUUGAAUGGCCUCUUCCUACACCAGACGCUCUUGCGUUUAUUCUGGGGAGUCAAAGCGGAAGUGCAACCCAUUGUGAUGUAGGGAAAUUCUUGCAUCCUGGAGAAGCAGUAAAUUCCUUAACACGUUUUUCGCUAGAUCAACUUUCCGAAGAAUUUGUAGAGAAUUUCAACAGUGGAAUUAUUUAUCUGAAAUCAACAGUUGCUGCAAGUUUGAUUUGUUUAAGUCGGAAAUUUCCUUUGAAUCGUUGCACGUAUAUCGGGGAAGAUAAUGGUGCCAAAACCAUGCAGUUGUCUUUGUUCUAUGAUUUGCUUGGGCCUCUUUGGAUUAAGGAUAGACAAAUUUUUUUGUCUGGUGAUAGCACCCAAUCACAGGAUAAAAUUAGUUGCAUUGACAAUGACGGAGAUAAAGUUAAAGCUAGAAUGAUGCUUUGGGAGGAGCUUCGUGAGUUUGAAUUCCGUGCGAUUCCUAUUAAUGGAAUAAAACAUGUUAAUUGGACUGCUCUUCCUCUGGAAAAAAUCUUCCAUCAUUCAGAUUCUUCAUUAUUUCCUUCCGCAAAUCUUCCAUCAAUUUUACACAGCUUAUCUAAGCAGCAGAAACCAUCAACGAUGCUUGUGAACAGCUUAAUUGAAACCACCCUGAAAGACAACGCCGAGUUGUUUAUGGUUUCUUCUUCCAUUCAAACUAGCCAACCCGACCGAGUGUUGCAAUUGGCAGGCAGAGCUUACUUCAUCAAUGUUAAAGUCGAUUUGGAUGAGAUUCCCGAGUUUUAUUUGAGUGACAACGUCUGUAUGGUUGGUUAUUGGAUACGCGUAGAAAAAGAAUUGAGAUUAGGACGAUCCCUUUUCUCUGCUACGGACAUCCCAGUAUUAGAAUACAGCCAUUCCCGUGCAACGAUUUUUGGUCUCAACUGGUCAACCUACUUUAUGCUUAAAGGAAUUGAGCCAGAAGACAUAUGGACGUCUGAUGGUGUUGCCCAUUCACUUAUGACUGCGCGCCUGUUUCCAUUAGCUUUGGACGCUAAUAGCUGGAGAGAUCUGCUCUGGCUUCAAGAUAUUAAAGGAUCUACAGAUUCUCGCCUGGAGAGUUGGCGUCAAAGUAAAAGAUAUUCCAUUGACGAUUUUCGUCGCUUGAGUGAUCCGGUUGCUGCGCUUCAAAAUCUUCGAUGGCUCAACUCUUCAGUUAUCUUGCAGUCUAUUUCGCAUUGGCCAGGGGCAUUAGCCCCAUAUUUUCACCGAGCCUGUGCUGAAAAUUGGAGUGACUCGUUACUCAGUGCUCUGGACGAGGCAGUAAUAGAAGGCGACAUGCGCAGUUGUUCGCGGAUAUUGGCCGCUAUUGCUGAGCUACUGGCUUGCAAAGCUGGUUCUCAGAAUGGUUUGCGUAGCGGUCCUGCUUCCAAUAGUGCAUGGAAACCAGCCUUUGAAAUGCUAAAGCACUCGUUGCGUGAUGGUGUUCUCGCUCUGGCUGAUCAACGAUUGAAAUGGAUGUGGACUCCGGAUCUUUUGCUGCGUGCUGCCCGUCAUUACGAACGCGCAGUCCACAUUCUCAUCCAUGAAACUGUUAAAAGUGUUCAAAACCAUAUGAUAAAGAACUGCGUAGUUUCAAACAUUAGCCGCCCUCCCAUUGGUGAGUGGAUUGAAGCGGAAUGUCCUGCUAGACUCGAUCUCUCUGGUGGAUGGUCGGAUACUCCCCCUAUUUGCUACGAAAUGGGCGGAAGCGUCGUCAAUAUUGGAAUCCUGGUUGAUGGAGAAAAACCAAUUGGAGCUCGAGGUAGAAGACUUGAAAAGCUUCACCUUGUUUUGAUUUGUGAGGGUCAGACAGAACCGCUUGUGAUUUCAUCGAUCGACGAUGUGAUGGACUAUAGUGAUCCAACCAUUCAUGGGGCACUUUUAAAAGCAGCUUUGGUAUGCGCUGGUGUGGUGCAAGGAAAUUGUCGGCAAGAUUUAUCAGAGCAACUUGAAAAAACCUUGGGCAGCGGGCUGGAAUUGCAUGGCUGGUCAAAACUGCCACAAGGAUCUGGAUUGGGAACCAGCAGUAUUUUAGCGUCAGCCUUACUAGCCGUUAUUUAUAGUGCCAUGGGAUAUGAAUUCAGUCGAUCCCAUCUUAUUCAUGGGGUGUUACAUAUUGAGCAACUGUUAACAACGGGAGGUGGAUGGCAGGAUCAAGUAGGUGGAGUAAUGGGCGGUUGCAAUCGAGGCCAUUCCUUUGCCGAUUCCAAUGUGCAGGUGCAUAUCGAAAAUAUUAAACUUUCAGAAAGGACUAUCAGUUUGAUUAAUCAGAGGUUACUCCUGAUACAUACGGGAAAGGUGCGACUUGCCCGGAAUUUACUGCAGAAUGUUAUCCGAAUGUGGUAUGCUCGUGAUGUGGAGACAGUUGACUGCUUCAAUCGACUUAUUGAAAAUGCUGAUGAAUGUAAAAAUGCCAUUUUACAAGGUGAUAUCGACCAGUUAUGUCAUGCCGUGGAUGUGUAUUGGCGCCAGAAGAAGGCAAUUGCACCAGGAUGCGAACCACAAAUGGUAACAAAUGUAAUGGACGCAUUGUCUCACUUAGUUCAUGGACAGAGCCUAGCAGGCGCAGGAGGUGGGGGGUUCUAUUACGGCUUCCUGAAACGCUCUGAAGACAGGGAUGCAGUUGAAGAAAUCAUAAAAUCUAUCGAGGGAUGCGAAACAAUGAUAAUUCAUAGAGCGACUAUUGAUCAGACUGGAAUUAGUCUGAAGAUUGGUGGAACACAGGUUAACAUUCCGUAAAAUCACAUUUUGACCAGAGAUGAGUGCAGAAUAUAUGUUGGGCUAUACAUUAUAAUUUUAAAUUUUUAAAGGGAAAGGAAUAAACAAAUUUUAUCGUU